AUGAGGCUGAUAUUGCUCACCUUAUUCUUGAUUGCCGCUGCCGAUGGAGGCAUAAUAGACAAAGUGAAAGGAGUGUUUUCCGGUGAAGGCAGUUUCGGAGAGAAACUAAAGAAUGCAACUAUCGUUGGAUUCAAGAAGCUCUUCGAAAACACGGCACUGUUCAAAAUCCGGGACAAGAUCAGAAGUAUGAAGGACAAGGUUUUGAAGACAUUGGAGUUACACCAAAUGAUGAAUAAUCGCCUCGAGAUAAGGUUGAGACGCUUGCCGACCAUCAAGAAGGAUAAAGUCGCAGAGAAAGGAGACUCCAUCACUGAGGUCAACGAAUACAGUCAGGUUGGCCAGGAUCUCUACCAGAGCGACAUGGUGCUAACAGAGGAGCAAGCCGAGGAGAUUGUGCAAGAUAUAGAAGAUGAGGUUGCUGGUGAAAAUCGCGCAAAACGCCAAGCGUUCAAGGAUCAUAGAUAUCCAAAUAUGCUAUGGUCAGAAGGAGUGAAUUAUUACUUCCAUAAGCUCGCAACCAAAGAUCGAAUCAUGGUAUUCCCGGAGGAUGGAUGUUGGUCCUACGUCGGAAAACUCGGCGGUGAACAGAAGCUGUCACUAGGAAGUGGUUGUGAAACGGGAUCAUCGCCCGCGCACGGAGGCUCUGGUCACGCUCUCUCGGAUUUUCCAACAAUGUCUUCGACACGGAUCCGACGACUUCAUCACGGUGAACAAGCACAACAUCAAAGUAAGUGUUCGCCAGUGCCCCUAUCACAUGGUUUUACAACAGAGGUGGACUGGCUAAGUCAAUUCAACAAAGAAACAACGAAAACAAACGACAACUACAACAUGACAUACGAUUACGGCAGCAUUAUGCACUACGGUGGAACUAGUGCAUCGUUUAACAAAAAGCCAACAAUGGUUCCGUUCGAUAUCGACUAUCAGCAAACGCUUGGGUCUCCAUUCAUUUCUUUCAUCGAGCUUUCAAUGCUUAAUGAACACUACGGAUGCAAAGGUUUGACAGCCACCUGCGAAAUACCUUUUGCUCACAUUUGA